AUGGCGCCGAUCAGCCGAACGGCGAGCUCAAGCAACAGCAGACGAGCCACUGCAGCAGCAGCCAGCCGGAUCGACUCAGAAAACGACACCCUCAACAAGAUCCUCGCCGCCUCCGAGGAAGAGCACCGGCGCCACCAGGCAGAGCUGGCUCGGCGAGAGGCAGAAGAACUCGAGCGGGUCCGGAUCGAGUCGGAGGCGGCAGCGAAGCUCGAGCGCACACGGACGAGCCUGCUCGAACAGGCCGAACAGGCCCAGCUCGAGCUGGUCAUCCAGCACUCCCAGGCGAUCCAGCACGCCAGCAGCCACGGCCCAUUCAGCCCCCAGAACGAGCACGAGGAACGCAUGGCAUUCGAACUCGCAGUCGCCCUCAGCCUCCACCCAGACAACGCACGCAGUGCAGGACAGCAACAGCCAGAAGAAGUAGACCCGCCCUCCUACGAAAACUCCUUCCACGGACCACACCCUCAUCCAGCCUCGCCCGCCUCCCCCCGCCCGCAGUCCAUCUUCACCAGACCGCUCCCGCCGAUCCCCAGCCAGCAGCCCCCCUCCUCGAUCAUCGUCCGGCCCCCCUCCGCCUCCCCCGGACACCCCCACCUGCCCGCCUCGCUGAUCCAGGAGCCCGACCCCUUCUCGGACCAGUUCGCCACCCACGAUCCCGACCCACCAGCCGCCUCCCCCGCGAGCUCCAGCCGCUCCUCGCUCCUCCUGCCGCCCCUCUCCGAGCCCGCCAGCCAGACCUCCUCUGCCUCCCAUCUCUCGCCGCCGCCCGGUGAGCCCCAACCAAAAGAGCAUGGCCCGAUCGCCUCGCCAGGCGCCGCUCCCUCGGACACCGACGGCCAGGGAACCCUCGCGCUCACCAUCCCCUGCCCCUCCCUGCCCCUCCCCCUCUUGACCGCCUCGCCGGUCGGGGCCUCGGAAGACGGCGCCGCCAUCAACCGGCCGGCCGCCGACUCCUCCUCCGAGUCCUUCGACGCCAACCCCAGCCCGCCCGAGUCCGUCGCCGAGGGCAUCACCUACGGCCAGGUCCGCGCCAUCGACCAGCCCCUCACCUCCGCUGGCCAGUUCGUCGACACCCUCGUGCUCUCCAACUUCUCCGACCCCGUCGAUCGGACGAAGGCCUCCUCUCAUGCCUUGGUCGCUAUCGAGGCGUGGAGCUGGAACCGGCUGCUCACCUAUCUGAUGUGGCACGGCAACUCGCAGAUCGAGCCCGGUCCGUUGGACGUCAGUGAGGCGGAAGACGCGGGCACGGGGAGCUGGCAGAUGGGCAUGAGUGUGAUCUUCAGGGAGCCGGAGGGAGUGCGGCCGAGCGUGCGACUCGUGAUGGAGCUGAUCGCGGGCACGGGGGAGAGCCAAUGGAGCCGGGCGGAGGGCUGUAGCGUUGUCGGGGGCCGGAGCCGGCGACGGAGCUCGACGGUGCUGACGCGGCGGACGUCGACGGACGCGGGCCGGCUGCCGGCCGGGCCGGUCCAGACGACCAUCCAUCUGCCGAAGCCGUUCCCGAUCCUGCCGGUCUCCCUGGCCGGCCUGGCCUGCACCCUGCACGAGAUGCACACGGUCGCGCGGAUGUCGUCGUGCGGCUCCCUGCGCCCCUCCUCGACCACCACCUCGACCACCUCCUCCGCAUCCUCGCUCUCCAAACAGGCCCUCCCGUCCGGGCCGUCCAACCAGGAGAUCUUCGCCCGUCUCGCCAAGGCCGUCGCCGCCAAUGCCCGGCUCUUGGGCGAGGAGGAGGAGAGCAGACUGCAGGCCGAGGAGCGGCUCUUCAAGCGCGGCAAGCGCUGGCUCAAACGCACCACCCACAACCACGGACGCCUCGUGCUCACCGUCGAUGGCGAGGGACUGCCGCUUCCUACCGGCGCUACCCUCGUCAGACCAUGGGAAUCCGACUGGAACUAG